AUGCUGCGACGGCCUCCUGGCGAGGGACGGCUCGUCGCUCAACAGCGCAAGGUCCUACUCGCGUUAGUCGUCAUCUUUCUACCAUGGCUUCACCUUGUCGAUGCUCAGCAGCAGCAACACCGGCAACAAUCACCUCCCGAACGAGCCCCUGUUCCUAACCUCCUUAACGAAUACAAUCAUGAAAAUAUAGCUUUAAAUAAACAUGAUAUUCAUAGCCGCGACAUCCCAAGUCCCCGACACGAGUCCGCUUUUGGCGCCGAGCAAGUCGUAGGGAACAUUGCGGCCGCCGUUCCCUCCUCCGCGGCACGUAACGCUCACGAGAACUCGGCCGCUGAUCGCAUGGACACUAUCACUGCUAAUAAGCAACAACUCGGACAUGUACCCUUUCCUAACGAUGCGAGCGCCCUCGCAACUUUGGCUCCGGCUCCGCCCGUUCGAGCACCAAAUUCUCCAAGACACUUGCCUAGCAUACUUGCCGGUGCUGGGCUCUCCUCGCCGCAGACUGCGCGGAGUCUGGAGAAAUGGGAAGUAGAAGACUACAUUCUUCUGGCGACCGUCGAUGGACAUCUUUAUGCUGUCAACCGCGAAUCUGGUGAUGAGCGUUGGCACCUUCAAGUCGAACAGCCUAUCGUCGAGACUAUCCAUCACCGCCCUAACAGUUCCCUGGGCGGCAGCCGGGAUGCCCAAGAUCGUCAUCCCCUUGACGAUUAUAUCUGGGCUGUUGAGCCUACUCAAAAUGGCGCCCUUUAUGCUUGGACGCCCUCUGGCUUCGGCAGUGGUUUGAUGAGCACAGGCUUGACUAUGAAACAAUUAGUCGAGGAAUUCGGCUCUUAUGCAGUUCAGAAUCCACCUGUGGUCUAUACCGGCCAUAAGAGGACGACCAUGAUAACUCUAGACGCCGCUACUGGUCGCGUAUUAAAAUGGUUUGGUCAGGCUGGCUCCCAGGUCGACCAGAGCGCCACCUGUUUCCCUCCGAAUGGACGCUUUGCCGACUCGGACAGUGAAGAAUGUAGCGAUAGCGGCACUAUUACUCUUAGUCGGACAGAGUAUAUAGUAACUAUUCAUCGAUCCGACGACGGCAGGGAGAUAGCUACCCUUAAAUACGCGGAAUGGGGCCCGAACAAUUUUGAUAACGACCUCCACCAGCAAUACCGAGCGACUCAUGACAAUCGAUACUUCACUAGUCAACAUGACGGUAAGGUCUAUGCACUUGUUCACCCCAGCGGGAUCACAUCCUUCGCCUUGCAAUUUUCCGUCCCCGUUGCACGCGUCUUUGACAUCGCCCGACCCGAAGAUGCUCCCCCUGGCAGCAACCCGGAGCUUGUCCUACUUCCUCAACCGAUCCCCCCUGCUCGAGAUGAAGAUUCUGCCCGUGCUAGAAGCCAUAGUGUCUUCCUCAACCAAACCGAAUCUGGGAGCUGGUAUGCUAUGUCGGGCUGGUUAUACCCGUUGAUUGUCGAUGCUCCCGCAGCACAGUCGAGCCAUAGAAAUAGAUGGAACAACGAGAACCCUUGGAACACGCUUGACAAUAUCUGGGCAAACAAGGCACUGAUUGGUACUCACGUCCUUGGGAAUGCAAGGAGUGUGGCACGGUGGUCACCAACCCUACCUCCAAGCUUGCCUUCUCGUCCCUUUCCACCGGAGUCUGAUAACGACGACAACGAAUCUACUAUGCCGAGUCCGUUCCCCGACCCUGACCCUGACCCUGACCCUCCCAGUAUCGUUGGCAAAGUCAUCACUCUUCCUCAAUAUGCUGCAGAUAAGACGCUGGACUUUUUGAUGAACCCAAUUCUAGUUCCUGUCCUCGUGUACUUACUUAUCCGUUAUCGUAAGGACAUAAUUAGAUGGAUAAGAGGGCGGCUUGGACCAAAGGAAUACCUUGAUACACUAACAUACGUGUUCUCCACCGACACCGUCCCAGAACCUUCCCAGGAAUCCGUUACUGAUGAGGUUCAUCCGCCGGGCGUUGAUGCGAUCAGGAAACACGAGCCAGCAGUAGCUGAACUAGGGAGCGAAGAAAAUGCUGUUCCAGCAACGGUAACAAUUGUGGAACCCGAGCCAAUAGAAGGUGACGGCGACCGUGAACAGCAACAGACUGAAAGCGAGUCCCCCGAGAAAAAGAAGAAAGCUCAUCGCGGCCGAAGGGGAGGAGUUAAGCACCGGAAAGGAGCCAAGAAGCAGCGCGACACGUCCGAGAACCCUGACGGAAGAACCACUGUAGAUGCUGGAGAGGGCAUACCGGGCCUUCAGAACAUUGGCAUGCCUACCAAACUGGAACCGAAUGUGAUGACAAUGAACAAUGACCCUGAGGACGUGAGUGGGCCAAUCGUCAAAAUUGGUGGUAUCGAGGUCAAUCAAGAUGAGCAACUUGGCAUGGGCAGCAAUGGCACUAUUGUGUUCGCAGGGAAAUUCCACGGUCGAGAUGUCGCGGUUAAACGUAUGCUCACUCAAUUCUGGGACAUCGCUACACAAGAGACCCAGUUACUAUUGGAAAGUGAUCAUCACCCUAACGUUAUACGAUAUUUCGCCAUGUCGAAGAAUGACAGUUUCUUAUAUAUUGCGCUAGAGCUGUGUCAAGCUUCCCUGUCGGAUAUCGUUGAGAAGCCUAUGAUGUAUCGAGAUCUUGCGCAGGCGGGUGAAAUGGAUUUGCCCCGAGUUCUACUACAAAUUGCGCAUGGGCUAGGAUUCCUCCACGACCUCCGCAUCGUACAUCGUGAUCUGAAGCCACAGAACAUUCUUGUGACUAUGGGUAGAGAUGGAAAACCUCGGCUGCUUGUGUCGGACUUCGGACUAUGCAAGAAGCUCGAGGGUGGCCAAUCCUCUUUCGGUGCCACCACGGCCCAUGCUGCUGGCACUUCGGGCUGGCGCGCACCCGAGCUCCUCCUAGAUGACGAUGCCCGCGAAUCCUCUACGAUGUCCAUGGCCAGUACGCACAGCGACUCGAGUCAGUUAGUCAGUGCUGAUGUCAUGCCCAAUCGUCGUGCCACGCGAGCAAUUGAUAUCUUCAGUCUUGGCCUUGUCUUUUUCUAUGUGCUUACCAAAGGUCUACACCCAUUCGAUUGUGGCGAUCGGUACAUGAGAGAAGUCAACAUUCGAAAGGGCCAGUUUAAUCUUAAGCCGUUGGAUGUACUCGGGGACUUCGCGCACGAAGCCAAAGCGCUAGUUGAGACAAUGCUACGAUCCGACCCUAGAGCACGGCCAUCGGCUAGGGAUGUAAUGUCGCACCCGUUCUUCUGGUCGGCAAAAGAGCGACUUGCUUUCCUCUGCGAUGUGUCGGAUCACUUCGAACUGGAGCCUCGCGAUCCGCCAUCCAAGGCUUUGGUGGAGUUGGAGGCAUGCGCUCCUCAAGUCUGCCGAGGCGACUUUCUCAAAUCACUGCCCAAGGAAUUCGUGGACAGUUUAGGCAAACAACGCAAGUACACAGGUUCGAGACUCUUGGAUCUACUGCGAGCGCUUAGAAACAAGCGAUUCCACUACGGAGAUAUGAGCGAACCUUUGAAAAAGAUGGUAGGACCUUUGCCAGAUGGUUACCUAGGUUUUUGGACUAGGCGCUUCCCGAAUUUGCUUAUUAUAUGCUGUACGGUCGUUUACAAGCUGGAUCUUGAGGAGUUGGAUACAUUUAAGGAAUACUUCAUGCCAAGGGCACCUCUAUGA